CAAGAACUAGAAGAGCACAAGUCAGCAGAGAUUACAGGCACUAACAUUUGAGGGAAAAUGUCUAAUGAACUUGACUACAGACCAGUGAUGCUUCUACAGAAUGACAUCAGCCUUCAGAAGUAUUCAAGUCCAAAUGAUGAUGAUGCCUGGUCAAAAUACUUGGAGAAUCCUAUGACAGCUGCCACUAAAGCCAUGAUGAGGGCAAAUGGAGAUGAUGAUGGGGUUGCCGCACUAAGUUUACUCUACGACUACUACAGGGUCCCCAAGGAAAAGAGAAUUAUUACUCAGGGAUCCACAGGACGCUGUGACCAAGUAAAAAGGAGCUGUAGUGAAUAUGAAUCAGACAUUUCAGCCUAUGAAAGCACCCAGAUUAUGAGAUAUUUGAAUGACAAUAACUCCUCCACUCACGAGUAUUCAGAAACACAUAAAAAGAACAGCUAUUUAUCUCUGGACUGUCUCCUAAAUCCCAGUAAACUGACUCUAACUAGUGGAAAGUUGGAUACUAGUGGAAAGUUGGAUACCAAUGGUCAUGAUGAUUUCAUGGCAACAACAUGUGAUGUAUAUGAAAAAAAUUCAUUGAAUACACUGUUUGAUCCUAUCCAUGUACCAUCCCCACAACAAAGAUGGCAACCGGACAGCACCUUCAAGGAAGAUACACCAGAGCCACUCAUAUUCAAUGAUAUACUAAGAAGACAGGCAGAAUCAACCUGCUCAGAAGACUAUAUACCAGGAGAGGCAAAUAGAGACUUUGAAUACACCCUUGAAUCUCCCAAAGCAAUUCACAUCAAGUCUGGAGAGUCCCCGAUGGCUUACCUCAACAAAGGCCAAUUUUAUCCAGUCAACCUCCGUACUGCAGAAAUCAGAAAAUGUGUGCAUCUGACCUCUAACAAAGUAAAGAGUGUGGUAAUGGUAGUAUUUGACAAUGAGAAGAAUCCAGAAGAGCAGUUGAAAAGAUGGAAGCACUGGCAUUCUAGACAGCCAACUGCAAAGCAGAGAGUCAUUGAUGUUGCUGAUUACAAAGAAAACUGCAACACAGUUGAGAACAUUGAAGAAGUAGCCUACAAUGCUUUGUCAUUUGUUUGGAACGUCAAUGAUGAAGCUAAGAUAUUUAUUGGCCUUAACUGCCUAAGCACAGACUUCUCAUCUCAGAAGGGCGUUAAAGGUGUCCCUCUGAAUCUUCAAAUUGACACGUAUGACUUUGAGACAGGAGUCAAGAGGCUCAUUCAUCGUGCAGUCUGCCAGAUCAAAAUCUUCUGUGAUAAGGGUGCAGAGAGAAAGAUGAGGGAUGAAGAACGUAAACAGUUUAGAAGGAAAGGGAAAUGUGCAGACCAAAAUAACAAAGAUAUAAAGGCAUCUGUUCUCCCAGGAUACAGAGGGUCCGAUGUCACAUAUCUGAGACCAGUGACAGAUAUGGAAACACACCCUGUUUUGUUCAUCCCCAACAUUCAUUAUUCCAAUCUUCAAAGAUGUGGAGUUAUUCUUCAGUCUGUUGCAGAUAACAGUGACAGGUUAUCACUCAAAAGAAGUUCUCAGUCAUUCCCUGAAGGUUUAGAAGCACCACCAUCCAAGCAACAGACAAGUGAAGACUCACAUAGAGUACUGCUAUAUGUUCGGCGAGAAACCGAAGAGGUGUUUGAUGCUCUGAUGUUGAAAACACCGGAUCUCAAGGGUUUAAGAAAUGCAAUCUCAGAAAAAUAUGAACUGCCAGAAGAAAGGAUCUUCAGAGUCUACAAGAAAUGCAAACGGGGUAUUCUGGUAAACAUGGACAAUAACAUUAUCCAGCAUUACAGCAACCAUGUGGCUUUCCUACUGGACCUGACAGAUGUAGACGGAAAAAUCCAAGUUACACUUAAAGAACUAUAAAGCCUAGUAAUGGGCCUUUCACAGACUAAAAGGCUCAAACACAAGGGCACGAGACCUCAGUUUUACAGACCUCAGAACCAUGCUGGGUGCUUGCACUUCCUGGAUUCAGAAGAGCACACGAGUUGAUGCAACUUGGGAAAGGCGGGAGAGGAGGGUCACAGAUGAUUGCUUAAAACUGAAAGACUUUUUGUACACUGACUGACAAAUACUUGAGAUCCUUAAUCCCUGUAGGAUUUCUGAAGACAUUCCUUAUGCACAAUAUUGCCAAAAGAAAUGUUACAGUUGCAGUUCUGCAACACCAGUUGCUUAUAAAUGGAUGCUCUUGCUUUACUUUAUAGUGGGGAAAAAAAUUGUCUACUGCUUUUCUCUGUCUGUAGUGCUGUUUUUACCAAUAUAGCAACAGAAGAAUAUUUUCUAAUACUGUUUUUGUACUUAGUUAUUGCAGUUAUGGGCAAUUGAUUGUCUCUACUAUCCCUCUCUGAAAGAAUGGAACUAUUAUUAGCUCAAUCAUUCUCAAAGUAAAUUGCCUAAAACCGCUCCAGAACUGUUAAUCAUAUCGCAAUGAUUGAAGGUCUAAUGCAGUUCUAUGACAUCUCCUGGCCUGAAAUACAAUAUGAUAACUAACCUCAUUGUGAAUAGAUUACAGUCAUAUUAUAAACAGACCUAUUAAUGAUGCUGGUGGGUGAGAUAUAGAGAUACUGGUUUCUACUGUUUAGUUGAGCUCCCCAUGGAAGUACUCCUAUACACAGCCACCCUAGAAAAGCCAUUUCAGAUUUUUUUUUUUUAAAAGAUGUUACCACUGCUGAAUCUCUUAUACCAGAGAUAUUAAUGUGACACUACCAUAGAGUAUAACAAUGCUGAUUUUUCUUUUGCUGCUCUGUCAUUAUAUUGGCUGUUACAGAAUUAAUCGUUUAUUACAAAGACUUUAAUUCUAAUAACAAAGAAAACAGAAUACAUGGAUAUUUUAAACCCCUUAUUUUUCUUUUUAAACAGCUGCCAUUUUUGCUUGAAAUGCCCUUUAAUAUAAUAUGUUACAGUUUUAUACAUUUCUCAGUGUAAAUAUAUAUGUAUAUAUAAAUAUAAUGUAUGUAUGAAAGUAUUAUUCUUUUUAUGUGUUCUAAUAAGCAGUAAUGCAUUUUUGUCAUUUCAAGAACUUGCCUUUUCACAUUUCCUGGACUAUGUAUUUUUUUGCUCCAAUUUUUUUUUAUAUAUACCUGUUUAUAAUAAAGGGCAAAUAAUA